GAUUCGCACUCAUCAAAUGGUCUGCACUGCUAAACAGCUCCAACCGACGACAUCCGUAUGUGAGGGUGUGAGGAGUGUGUGUGUGAGGAGUGUACGAGGGAGUGUGUGAGCCUGUGUGUGAGGGAGUGUGUGAGCCUGUGUGUGACGGAGUGUGUGAGCCUGUGUGUGAGGGAGUGUGAGCUUAAACCAGCUGGAUUUUUGUAUACUGAAGUAUUCAGAUUAUUGGAGUAUAGCAGCAGAUCAGAUCUCAUCACCCUGUAGCUGUGAACCACACAGUGACUGCGACUGCUGCAGUCUGAUAAGCAUGGACUCAGACAUGGAUGUGGAGUCUGGGAGUGAUUCAGACCAGGACUGGCGGAGUAAGAAAGGGAAGAGGAAGAGGAGGAGGAAGAGGAGGACAAAAUCAUUCUCACCUCAAGAGAAACCCACAAGAGGUUCCAAGGAUUGGCGACGAGUGGGCGAGAGCUUAAAAAAGAAACAAAAAUUUUCUGUGACAUGUGGAAGUAAAGAAGGCAUCCUACACAAAGAUAGGUAUAAAAAAAGUAAGCCGUGUAUCUUGUCUAAUGAUCGGUGGUUCACUCCUUCUGAAUUUGAGAAGUUUGGAGGAAAGGAGAAAAACAAAAAGUGGAAGAUUAGUAUCCUGUGCAGUCACAGUCAGGUUCCUCUGCAAACAUUCAUACAGGAAGGCUUUCUUUCCUCUCCAUUGUUUAAAACAAAGCGUGUGCAGGAUCAGGAGGUAGCUGAGCCAGUGUCCAGGACAAAUCUGAUUGGGACCAGAAGCAGCGGAAACCGUGACAAAAACAGACUCACAUCCACAGUCAUGUCUGAGACACUGGACGAUCUUUUAACAGCCGAAUCAUUCGAGGUCAGGUGUUCUAGAGGGGAAGGGGUUCUACAUGUAUCCCGCUUUGCUACAGAGACUCGUGGGAAAUGCAUCAGGACGCAGGACGCCUGGCUCACCCCCAGGGACUUCCUCAAGCGCUACAAGGCUGACGGAAACUGGAGAUUGGACAUCAAUAGCCAUGGUGUCCCUCUUGGAGAGCUCAUAAUGAAGAGGGUGUUGGAGCCUCACAUGGUGAACUGCAAGUGUCCAAUCUGCACAGAAAAUCCUCUACAUAUGCUGGAUCAGAAAAAUGAUGACGUGUGCUUUAUGUGUAAGAUCGAUGGAGAUCUGGUGUGUUGUGUCAAAUGUCCACGUGCCUUCCAUCAUCAAUGCCACGAACCAGCUUUAAAGGACGACACACACAGUGGACACUGGACCUGUUGCUUCUGCGAGUCUGUUUAAUCUGAAAGAAAUUGGAGCUCAUAAUUUUUGAAUUCUUAAAUAUAAAUAUAUAAAUAUAUAUAUAAUGAUUUUAUUAGAAUUUUGUAGUAAGUUUUUGCUGUUGGUGGUUUUAUGGGGAAAAAGGAAUAAAGAUAUUCUUUACAA